AUUUGUAUAAUUCCCAAAAAGUCUUGUGCAUGAACACCGUAUCGCUUCUCACACCGCCAAUGGACGAAUCAGAACCUCUGCCGGAGGAGCGUCAUCCUGGAAACUUUAAAAAAUGGCUGGAACUGCCCCUUCUGACAAAUUAUGAACUGGAAAGGAUUCGCACAUUAAGCAGUUUAUCAUUCGACGAGUUUCACGUUCAAAACCCAGCCGAUCUCACUUAUCAAGUCAGAUUGUUCUUUGCAAAAGCCCGCCAAUACCUUGUCAGAUAUGUGGAUGAGAUGAAGAGCAUUUAUAAAACGCACAAGUACAAGACAAUCGAACGGCGCAUUUUCUACGGAUUGGCGAAACAGUGUCACGUUGUUCUUUUGGCAAAUGAUUGGACCGGAGCACUGGAGCUUUAUCAAGAAGUGUUGAGCCAUCAUCCUGACCUAUUCUCACAUGAUCCUUCGAUGUACUUCGGGUUAGGUCUUGUCUACUUGCAUUUCAAACAGUGGAAACCUGCAAUCGAGGCAUUCACAAGACUGCUAUAUAGUUUUCCAACCGGUAUGAUCGCAUUGCAAGCAAAAGUUCGUCUUGGAGUGUGUUACAUGGAACUUGAAGAUUACAACAGAUGCAUAAAUCUGUUCAAACUUGCCGUCAACGACAGUGAUGAGUCAGUAUUUAUGCCGAAAUUCACAAUUAAGUACAACAUUGCUCUGAGCCACGAGAAUAAUGAUGAGCUUGAAAUUGCAGAAUCAGAAUAUGAAAACCUAAUAACUGAAUUAACACAACACAUCAGUUUCUUACAAAGCAAGUCGAAUGUGGAUCAACAACAAGUUGACUUAUUGAUAAGUGUGAAAGCAGCAUGUUUGCGACAAAUUGGCUGGAUUUCAUAUCGCCGCUCUUAUAAAGACGAUGCAAAUCGUCUGGAUCAUUUGAAGAAGGCCCAAGAGAAUCUCAUUAGUGCACAUGAUACAGAUCCACGAGAUGGACAAAGCUACUACUAUCUGGGACGAGUCUACGGGGAACACGAGCCUAGUGUUAGUGGACAAGUGGCACACGAUGCGUUUGUCAACUACCGGUUUUCGAUUGACAAAAAAGAGCAGAAUGCGGACACGUGGUGCUCAAUUGGAGCUCUGUAUCAGCGACAAAAUCAACCCAUUGAUGCUCUUCAGGCAUUCAUAUGUGCAAUUGAGCUGAAUUCAACACAUUCUGCGGCAUGGACAGAUCUCGGAGAGCUUUAUGAGAAAAAUGCCCAGUACCAAGAUGCGCUGGAGUGUUUCAAAAAUGCAAUGCUGAACAAUCCAGUUGCUCCGGAACCAAUCAAAGCUCGUGUACAAUUUCUUGAAAAAGAACUCUCGAUGCCUGUGCCCGCACGUCCCUCAAAUCACGCCUCGUCAUCAACAUUUGAAACCGUGAUACCUUCAUUGAAAGAAGCUUAUGAGCAGCCAAUACCUCUAGAGCUUCGUAAUCGUCAAGACGCUGCCUAUGCUGACAGAGAAGCUCAGUAUGACAACGCGUUUUGGGAUCUUUGGGAAGAUUUCAGAACAAUGGAGCAUGAAAAGCCGGAAGAUAUGGAAUGGGAUGUAACGUAUCCAAGGCCAAUGGAAGAUCUCGAAAUCCAGGUUAUGCAGUUGCUUCGUGCCAACGAACCAGCUUUAGUAAAAGCUGAGAGAGAAGUUCUUGAGUGUUUGGAAACCAGCGAGGCAGUGUUUAAGGCAAAAGUUAUUGAAUACGUAAUUCCGGAAGCCGUUCGUGAAAUGCCACGUGUCACCGAGGAAAUGAUCCAAAACCUUCGCGACCAUGGGCAUCUACUUGAAUCGCCGAGAUGCUACAGCUUCCCAUUCUUACCGAAAAUUUCGUUUAAUGACCUUCCGGAUAGUUUCAGUUUGCUCUCGGAGCUCUAUGUUUCAAUGGAUAUCAGCGCUCAGGAAAUUAUGCAAAUGGUUCAUAGAAGAACUCAGCCAAACUCCACAUACCUACCAGUGUUUGAAGAAUUUGCGAAGUUACCCGAGCCACCACGAGGUCCCGUAAAGCCAAUUGUAACAGAUGAAGAUGUACGCACGGCGCUAGAAAGGAGUGAAAAGCAUCCAUUAAUUCUUAAAACCCCAAUUCUUACGGUGGACAAUAGGAAGGAAGCUCAAAGUCUGGAAUUACAACGGUUUUUGGAUGGGUCUACUAUUUCUUGUAUUCGUGGACUUACUGGUUGCCUUCGCCUCGAUUUGUCGCUAUUCUCCACGAAAGCAGUGGCAGAAAUUGACGGAAACCAAGAAAUUGAAAUCCGAACUCAGUAUCAACUACCACCAGAAACGAACUGUGAUCAUGCAAGUCAACAGACAUGGCAAUGUGUCAGUGAUCCCUCGUACACAACAGUCAACAAGUAUGCCGAGUAUCAAUCGGAAUCGUUCAAGCACACGCUAAAGGGUGAAGCUGAGAAAAUCAAGAAAAAUGUGGGAGGAACACGUGGACCUUCUCCUAAAAGAAUGAAAUUGUAUAAGCGAGCCAGCUCUCCACCGAAACAUCUGAAGUCUAUUAAAUAUGGAACUAAUAUUGAUUUAUCUGAUGACACUAAAUGGGGAAAACAGAUCAACGAACUUUCUAAACUUCCUGCUUUUUGUCGCCUCAUCGCCGGCUCAAACAUGCUCUCCCACUUGGGGCACCAAGUUCACGGCAUGAAUACUGUUAAGCUUUUCAUGAAAGUUCCUGGCUGCAGAACACCAGCUCAUCAGGAUAGCAAUCACAUGGCUUCCAUCAACAUAAACAUUGGUCCCGGUGACUGUGAAUGGUUUGCCGUUCCAUACGAGUAUUGGGGAAAGAUGCAUAAGUUGUGCGAGAAGAAUGGCGUUGAUCUUUUGACUGGAACAUUUUGGCCUAUUAUCGAUGACUUAUUAGAUGCAGGAAUUCCAGUGCACCGUUUCACACAGAAGGCUGGAGACAUGGUAUAUGUGAGUGGCGGAGCCAUUCAUUGGGUACAAGCUUCGGGAUGGUGCAACAACAUUUCUUGGAAUGUGGCGCCACUCAACUUUCAACAGUUGAGCAUCUCUUUGCUCAGCUACGAAUACAACAAGCUGCGCCGAUUUAAGAGUGAAGUUCCAAUGCAAUUAAUGUGCUGGCAAGUAGCAAAGAAUGUCAAGUUUACCAACCAGCUCAUCUACAAUACUUGCAAAGGUGUAUUGAUUAGAUCACUUGCAUUCCUGAGAAUGGUUGCCGAUUAUAUCGUGUCUCAGAAGAAAACCAUAAAAGCUCAUACUCGAACAAGUGGAGAACAAUCCCAUUUCUGUAUGACGUGCGAGUGUGAAGUGUUUUGUAUUUUGUUCGUGAAGGAUAUUGGCGGAAAGUUUACAGUCUUCUGUGUAUACUGUGCUAAAUCGCAAGGAAUCGAAGGCUUCAUAGCUCUUCAGCAGUUCUCGUUCACCGACUUGUACUCAAUCUACGACAACAUGAAAUAUAUACCCGCAGCUAACAACAAUAAGAUGAGUUUCACUGCCUAGAAAGUUCUAGUUAGGACGUUUUAAUCAUUGCAUAUUUUAUUUCACAAACCUGUUCCACUUGAUGUGCCUCUCUCCCUCACCCCAAACAUUUCCCCGUUUCAAUUUUUGGCGAAAGCUCAAAAGGUCUCGUUCACUUAUCUCAAUCUUCUCAAUUAGUUCAUUUGUGUCCCUCUUUCGAUACACUUCCAAAACUGUGAAAACCCAAAUUUUAAACUAUUUCCUCAAUUUAUCUGAUCUCCUGUUUAUUGUUGAACUUUUUUUUCAAACUGACUGCCAUGUUUUACAAAACGUGGGAUUGUUAGCUCAUGGAUUGUUUUUUUAUUUCGAGCUUUAAUUUUUUCUAAAUAAACUGUUGUUUUGAU